AUGUCAACUCGUCGAGCUGGUCCUCCGCCGAUGCAGCAGUUGCAGCCGCAAUUGUCCAUUUCCUAUGGCGAACCGGAAAAAAAACAACGCAGCAAAUGUAUGUCUUUUGUGUGUUGCAUGUGGAAAGUGUUUACGUGCAUUUUCUCACAUGUGACGCUGGUUGCGACAGUUGUUGCGUACUGUUUUCUCGGUGCGUUUACCUUUGAACGUCUCGAGUCGGAAAACGAAAAAAUCGUUAAAAAAAGUAUCCGUGCAAUUCGUGUUAAUCUCACGGACGCCAUUUGGCAGAUGACGAAUGAUAGACCGGUAUUACACCAGCAGAAUUGGACCACAUCUGCUAUAGCUCAUUUAAAAGCUUUCGAGGUAAACAUAUACGAUGCCAUGAAAAAGAGUGGAUGGGAUGGAAAUGAGGAAGAAGACCAACUUCAGUGGACCUUUUUUGGGGCACUGUUUUAUUCUAUCAUUGUCAUAACAACAAUUGGAUACGGUCACAUAGCACCAAAAACACAAUGGGGGAAAGUAUCAACCAUCUUUUAUGCUAUCCUGGGUAUUCCGCUUAUGCUGCUUUGUCUUUCGAACAUAGGUGAUAUCAUGGCGAGCUCGUUCAGGUUUCUUUACUGGCGUGUAUGCUGCUAUGUUUGUACACGCGAACCCAAACGAUCAAAUACUCGGCGCGGAAGAAGUCGAGGAACUAUCAGACAGGGAAGAAGCUCGCUGCGAUCCAAUCAAGGUCCUGGAACAAAUUUAAGACGAUCCGUACGGAAUUCACAACGCUCUGCAGAUUCUGGAUUUGAUCCGUAUUACGAACCAGGGUUAUCCCAUUCGUAUUCCGAGUCAGAUUGUAGGUAUAAUUCAAACUUAGAAGACCAUUACUACCCAGAUAAUGAUAGAAGCAUGAGACAAGCACCAUUAAAGUACGAUCCGCCGAGUUCCAACGGUCCUGGCGGAAUGCGACAGAAAAUGCGUGGCCCUCACAAUCAGGAGGAAAUCUUGAACGACGGUUAUCAAUCUGGUCACCAGCAGAUGAAAAGACCACCAGCACAAUCACGAGCAGAAACUAUGGGCCUCGAUCACUCACAACGAUCGCUACAGAAGCCUCGUCCAAACGAUGCGUCGUAUCGAAAAUCGCCAGGCAUGAGGGCUCAAUCGCUCGAUCGGCGCAUGUUUCGGCAAGAUUCACAAAUGAUUGACAUGGACGAUGAGUCUCCGUGUAAGACACCAAUUCUUUGCAACAAGUAUGCCAUCGAUGAGGUGGACGAGGUAGGUCGUCCAACGCGUCCUAAUCCACGUAGCCAAUCGAUGCCACGACAGGCACGCUACGGGGAUAGUCUGAUGCCAGACCGAAUGCCGUAUUACACGGAAGACAACGAGUUGGCGGAAAUACAAACAGUUCGCAAAUCAGCCCCAAGACGCCGAGAGCCCCGCCCUUUACCAGCGCCAUCGCCACGCAUAAUGUCACCGAUGGGAUUUGCAGUUCAUCGUCAGGCCCGGCAUCUUCAAAACGUGAUGGACGAUAACUCGCUCUAUGAUGAUGAAUGGGAUAUGCAGAGCGGAGAGUUGCCGCCACCAUCAAUCGUCCGACCCGUGCCAAUAUGGCUAUGCGUUUUCCUGGUCGUCAGCUACAUCAUUGCUGGGGCAUUCAUGUUUUCUGAGUGGGAAGAUUGGAGUUUUCUCGAUUCAGCCUACUUUUGUUUUAUUACCCUCACCACUAUCGGCUUUGGCGAUUUCGUACCGGCACAGGGGGUUAAAAAUGAUUCAGAAAUCUCGAUAGCUCUCUGCUCACUGUAUCUGCUGUUUGGUAUUGCACUCCUGGCUAUGAGCUUCAAUCUAGUGCAGGAAGAAGUAAUAUCAAACGUUAAAAGUGUCGCUCGGAGACUUGGUAUACUGAAGGAAGAGGAAAUUGAUGAUUAGACGAACAUUUUUCGACCAUCAUCCAUGUUUAACUAAGGCGAGAGGAGGAUGCCUAGAAUAUGUCCAUGGGACAUUAUUAGUACGCUGGUGCUACAAGUUCUUGA